AUGCAUCUCCCUUUGCCAGCCAAGUACAAGCAUUUGGGAGUGUGCCAGUCACCUGCCGGGUCGAUCCGCGACGAGCUGAUUCACCGGAUUGCCCAGGCCAGAUCGACUUUCGCCGAAGCUAAGCGCAAAGUCUUCCGAUCUAAGGCCAUCCGGCUGAGCAAGAAGGAGCCUGAUCACCAGCUCUUCACCGGGGCAGUCUGGGGCUUCUACAGAAGUCUGGUCCAUGACCCCUUGGCGGAAGAGCAGAACAUUACUGCCCAUGCUUGCUUCUCGCUCCUCCAGUUGCCUGCACCAGCCACUCUUCUGCGAGUAGAACGUCUUUCCUACCUUCGGCAGAUGAUCCAGGCCGGGCCGCCAGAGGUCUGGGCGGCGACCCGCAACGAUAGACCAUAUGCUGCUCUCCUGCUAGAAGACUUACGCUGGUUGCACACAUGGACAUGGGCUACCUCCCCGCUUCCUGCCCCCGAUGGGCAGUGGGAAAUUUGGCGGUCCUUCAUUGCGGAGUACCCUGCUCGAUUCAAAGGGCUGCUAAAGCGCACACGCGCCUUAACAGUCCACCAGCAUACGGUUGUUGCUGCCCUUGAUGGGCUCUUCCGGACGCUGCAACACUUGCUUGCGCCAGCUGCCGACUUUCAAAGCACCCCACAGAGCCCGUGCGAAUUGUGUUUGCCCUGCAAGCGAGGAUUCUACAGCCGUGUCUCCUGGGCAGGGCACGCUGCUCGCCUGCACAACUACCGCAGCCGGGCUUUUCUCCUACCGCAGGAUAACAUUUGCAGGGCGUGCGGCAAGGUUUUCGCGACCUUGGGCAGACUCCGGCGGCACCUCCUUUCGGCACCCGGAUGCCUUGCGCGAUGGGGAUCCUUCACACCGGAUCCGAGCACCCUGAAGGUCUCCCCUCAUCCCCUUGCACCACCGACCCCGGGAAUAGGGUCUUUUGCAUGCGUGCCUGACCUUGCCGCUACUGAUGGCAUCAAUGAGGCCUUGCUUGACUCAUUGGAGAAGCUUGAAGGUGUCACAGAAGCAACUGUUUGGGAAACUAUAGAAGGUUGCAUUGCUCCUCUAGCCACGCUGCGAGCUACGGUGCAAGCAUGGCAAGGAUCUCUUCCAGACUCUGCAUGGGUACAGGAGACUGCAGAAAACAUGCUACUGCUCCUGGACCCUACUGUCACAGCCGAGUCCUUACAGCCUCUGCCCAGAAGCUGUCAACCGGCCAUUGAUGAGGCUCCAGUGUGGACUUCACUGACCUCACUCCCCCUCGCACAGUCAGGCGAGACCCUGGACUUCCAGUUAGCUGCACCGCCAGCUAAGAAGAUGCACCACAGCGAACCUACCAGUCUUACGGUCAAGGAAGCUGCCGCUUACGCCGCUUGGCUCGAAGCCGCAUGCCACAAGCUUGCCGUCUGCGCCACGACUGCAAUGGUUCAACCGGUGCGGCUGCAAUGCCAGGGCCUUGGCCCCUCUCUAGGCCCUGCCCAGGGCUGGCUGGAGGCUUGUGGAUUUCGCUUUUGCGAGCAGGGAACUGCCUCUUUUGGUCGGUCUUUCACCAGCAUCGUCUCACCCUUUCUGAAUUCAUGA